UUUUAAUCGCAUACUAAAUCAAACAAAUCACAUUUCUCGAAGGACACAGUCGAUAUCGAAAGCUCCGCGCGAUGGCGAGUACUGCCAACUCCAGUGGACAGCCCACCAUAGUAACAUCUUCAGCAUCUACUUCCUCCUCCUCUGGACGCACAACCGGUUCCAAUUUGCUCGUACGGAUGCCACAUGCUCAUGGGAUCCGUCGUCGUCGUGACGACUCUGCGGCCAUCGAAAUCGAGGAGCUAGACUCGCGCACCAUGCGGCAGAACUCGUAUAACUACUUCCAGCACCACGGGGCAGGGUCCGGUCCUUCCUUGCUGCGAACGUCGACAUUCCGCUCGUCUUUGAGCCGUAGUCCGGCGUCCAGGAAGAGGCAGCGAACGCUGGCGGAGCAGCUGGACGAAUUGUGUCUACAAGGCUCACGGGGUCGGCCCGUGGGCGUGGACAGCGCUAAGAGCAGAACCAAGAGCAGGAGUGAACGGCGACUGGCUAGAGAAAAGGCUAAGCAAGACGUUGGAGGGGGUCCCAGGAUCGUGGAGCUCGAUGAGUUCGGACGGGAGAAGACUCCGUCCGUGGACGGCAGUGGCAGCGACAGCGACGGAAUGAUGGACGUCACGGGGGAACAGACAGGAUUGAAGGUAUAUGGAGACGCGGCAGAGGUUGGAGGACUACGCAACUUCUUCACUGCAGGGGCAGCCGAGCGACGUCGACCCCUUGACAGAAUGUACCGCCACUAUGUGGCAGUGGCUCAAACAAUGUCAACGCCUCCGACCAAUCCACAAGGUAAUGAAAUGGUGGUUUUUAGACCCCCGACGUCGGUGAAGACAUUCACGCAGGAUUUACCGGCUUAUUUGUCGCUAACACCGCACGAGUUCGAGAAAUUAUCGAUGGCGGAGAAGCGCCAAUGGUAUCAGGCUCACAGACGCUACAUGAGGGAAUUGGAUCAGGUUGCGGAACAGAAGAACGAGUCUAAAGUGGAGACGCAGAUGGAAGCGAAGCCUAUUGAUCCUACGGGUGGAUUUGAGACGUCUAGACGGCGGAGUUCUAGUGCGAGCUCGAGUCGGUCGUAUCAAGUGUUGGGUGUGCCGAGUACGGAUGAAGAGGACGACGGAGCUGUUGACGACUUUGGAGAGGAUGUGGAAAUGAUGGAAGAUAUUGAGGACUAUGCAGCGCCAAAGCGACCACACGCUGCAGGUGCUCUUACACACACGGAAUGGUUUACGGAUGAUGAAUUGUGAGGGGGAAGUAAUUAAUUACGGCAUGAACUACGAGGAAUGAAUGAGAGCGAGAAUAUAUUUUUGAUACUGCAUUAAUGAAAUCCAGAGUACGGCUGACACAGUUCACCGAUAGUGCUUACAUCGUGUAAGCUUCGAGGUACGGGCUCACUAUUGCGGCGGCAAGAGCAAGGUAAACAGGCCAGUUCGAGUGGCCCGCGUGCAGAGGCUUUGUAGGGCGAACCACGACGCGGUGCUUGUGCACAUGGCCGUCAUGUUCGUGCUUCACCACGUCGUAUCCCUCGUGCUUGUCGAUAGUAAAGUGACCAUCGGAGGCAGUCACGCGAUAACCUUCCGGGUAGUGAGCGUACGGCACGUAAAUCUCCGUGACAGCGCUCGCCUGCUUCUUCUCCGACGUGUACUCCAGCUCAUACUCCGCAGUCUUCAAAUUAAACUCCGACUUGCUCGGAAUUCCGACGAUUCGGCGCCCAUGAGGACGAGCAAACGCACGAAGGCCACGGGCGGAGUCAUCACGGCGACGAACGCCGGACAGACGGCGCACUAGUGACUCUGUGUCUGGACUGCUGAUACUCAAGUCCUCCAGGUUCCACAGAUCUCCGAACUUGUGCGAGUUGUCGGCCGUGUAGUUCCACAGUGUAAAGGACAGCAACUGCGACUCGAGGUUGUAGAUAGUGUUGUCCAAAGCCUCCACUUGGGCGGAGAAGUCUCCCGUCUCGAAUGCCUGAGCGUGGUUCAUGUUGUACGGAAUACCCGUCUCACCUAUUAGAGUGGGGGCAUUCGACAUCUUUUCACGACCGAAGCUAGCAACGUGCGCUAGCUGUUUCUGGUGCAACGCACGAAGCGCAGCGUUGCCAAACGCAGGCUUACCGGUGGCGAAGUCGAGCGUGAAGUACGAACGCCACGUCGUCGUGAAGAGCGUGAUCAUGUCGUACCAGUGCAUCGCAUUGACUGAAAGGGGGAUAUCCUCCUUAGAGAUGUCAGGGAACACCAGGUCGCCAAUCUCGGUAGGAGGCAUCUCAGUGAAGAUCAUAGCCUUCGGUGAAAUGCUCUGGAUGCGCUUCGUAAACCUCCUAGCGAACGGGAGGAAGAAUUCCGUGCCGAAAUCGACUCCAGCGAAGUAGUCAGGCUUCAAGAUCUGGGGUUUACCUUGAGCGUCCAAACCCCACACGCCAUGUUCCUUCCAGAUGCACUUAGCACCGUCCUUCCACGCGCGAACGCCCUUAGGAUCAACGUGCUCGAUACGCUUGGGCUUCCCACGCAUCAUCUCCAUGAUCCCAGCGCCCCACACUUCAACGUCUUGAGCAAUACCUUCACCAAGCGCCAUAGCAGAGAGCGGGGACGAUGCUAAGCCAUUACGGAAGCCUCCGGAAACCACCAAGUUCUUCGUUCCAAUCCACCCAUUGGACGGCUCGUUCAUCGUGCCGUAGCCUGCAACAUUCGGAAGGCCCUUGAGAGCUUCAGCCAAUGCGGCCAAUGAGUCGAGGUAGUGCGACUGGAGAUACUCCUGGAUCUGCACGCCGUCCACGUAGCAGUUAGGCGCGUACUUCUUGCCAGCCCAGAACAACGUGAACAUGGUGGCACACGCCAAUUUCGCGUAGUUUGUAGGCCAGAUCAUCUUUGGGAACUUGGAUGCUGGUAGUCCGCAUGUCUCGAGACACAGCGCUGCCUUGGUAGGCUCGAAGUUGCGUGGCUCAAAGCCGAUACAUUCCAGCGUCCACAUGGGAGCACCGUCACCUCCCGUCCAACGAGACCAGACGUCCUGGUGCGGGUCAAUGUACACCUGCAUAUUGUAGUCCGCAGCCUUCUCCACCACUGCACGAAUGUAUUUGAGGUAUUCGUGGUCGAUCUGACCCGGCCCAGCGUGCUCGAUGGCCUCCCACGUCACGAUGAAACGCAGGAACGUGAGACCCCAGCGCUGCAGGCGGGACAAAUGCAAGUCCGCCUCUUCUAGUGGGAAUGGACGUCCAACAAACGACACGGAGGCGGCGCCAUCGAAGAAGUCGCUCAUGUCCUGGUCGUCUGUGUGGCCGUAGCCGAACGGCAGCUUGGACGAGCCACCGAGGUUCACACCACGCAGCAGCGCGACGCGGCCGUGCUGGUCCACGAAGUGUCCGUCCUUCAUGCCCAGAAUCGUGGUCUCGCGAGCCUCAGGCUCAGGAGCAGGCUUCGUCAGUGACAUCUUUGGUCUUGCUGGUCUUGAGCUCUUGAACGCAAAUUGAUCAAUGCAGAGACCUCGACGAGGGUGGAUACGUAUGCGCAGGAGUUGAAGAGCGAAGCUCAUCCACACGGAUUUGAUGUCGUUGACAAAAUCUCCACGGCAACUUGAUGACUGUACAGAGACUAGCAGCAUUCAGCAAUGUUCGAGGAGGUUGAUGCAGGUCAAAAAGCUCACGCGUGGGCUCUUCGACAAGGUGCCAUCCCUUGUCGAAGUGAUCAUUUGCCCCGUCCAGUUGGGGGGUCACUCGUUCUCAGAUGAUCCUCUGACUCACUGCCUCGUCACGUUCAGUGCUGCUUCAUGCAGUUCAUGUAGAGCGUGGCUCCAUUAUUAAUAACGACGACUUAAACGCAUACCAGUAACUACAAGGACGGAUGAGUAUUAUAUUGAUCGCAUCAAUCCUACUAAUGACAGAACGCUGUUUGGUAGGUAUA